UUGGGGAGCGUGCAUGAUAUAUCGUGAGGGGUUGGCCUCACCCAGCGCUUGCUUCUUAGAGGGGCAUGCUACCCAUUGGUGGCGUUCGACGAAAGCGAGGCGAACACUCUGGGAAUCUGCUUGCUGGGCGAUUUCUGUUUACGAUGGUCGAAGCGUCCCGCGCGGGUGUAGGAAGACGCCCGGUUAGUCCUCCUUGGGGGAGGAAACGAAGGUUAGCGUGUUCGGUCAGAGACGGGAAGCGGAAACCUCGUCAGGGUGGCGGAUGGACCCGAGGCUGCAGGCCGCCGCGCGGCGCAGCACGUCCUCGCUUUCGAUUCCGGGGGACCAAGGCGACACCCUGGUGCGUGAGGCGGAUAGCAUGUCCAUCCCUCAUUUUAGCUCGACCCGCAGAAGCUCACCGGUGAGACGGCCCUAUUCCGCAUAAAACGCCGCCAGCAUUUAUUCAGUUACCACCCGUAUAAAGUAUGGAAUCAAUCGGAACCGUUUGGAUCAUCUUAGCCGGCGUAUACCGAUCCCCCCUCCUACAAAGUAUAGAACGAAU